AUGGCGCACUCAAAGCGAAAUACCUCCCUCCCCCACUUUACCUCCUACGAACGCGGUCUUUUACGCUCAACCUGGGGCACAAAACGCAGCGCAAUCGGACGCGACAGCUUCCUAACCUUCGGCUCCUGCCGUUUAUGUCUGCAACCCGCCCGCGCACCUGUAGUCGCAUGCGCCAGCAAUGGUGACCUUUUCUGCCGUGAGUGCGCUAUCAGUGAUCUCCUUUCUCAACGGCAGGAGAUCAAACGUCUUGAAAAAGAGCGCGACGAGGCGAGGAAACGCAUUGCGGAGGAUGAGGAGCGCUCGUUGGCGGAGAUGAAGGAGCGGGACCUCAGGGAUUUCGAGCUUGUCUCUAUGGGGUUGGAGAAUAAGGGUGGGGUUUCUGGGGGUGGGAAGAAGCGCAAGGCAGAGGAAUUGGAAGCUUUGGAGAAGUUUAAGGCUAAGGAGGUUGAGGUUGAUGGGAAGAGGAAGAGGGUUUUUGAGCUUGGGGAGGAGGAGAUGGCUCGUGUUGCUGGGGAGAAGAGGGAGAGGUUGAGGAGGGAGUUGAAAAUGGACAAGUCCUCUAGUAAAUCUGCUCUCCCGUCCUUCUGGGUUCCAUCCUUAACGCCCAAUACCGACACAAAUGAAAUCGCCGCCAACAAGACUGUCAAGGUGACGCCUGCCUGUCCUGGCUCGACGGAUGAGAGCCGACAUAGCUACUCGCUUAAGUCGCUUGUUGAGGUUAAUUUUACGGAGGAGAAGACUUCUGAUGGGAUUGUAUCCAGAGUGUGUCCGAGUUGCAAGAAAAAUUUGAGCAAUGGGCUCAAGGCGAUGCUCACAAAGCCCUGCGGGCAUGUCAUUUGCUCUCCCUGCGUAACAAAAUUCAUGACUCCCCACGAACAUCACGUCCCCGAUCCACAUGCCUCCAAGGAGGAACAGGAGAAGACUGCUGCUGUCCACGGCCAGGUUUUAUGUUUCGUUUGUGAGACAGACAUUACAGCAAAGUCAAACCCAGACGAAAACGGCAAUGGGAACGGGAACGGGAAUAGCAAGAAGUCUAAGAAGAAGGAUAGAGAUGCUAUUCGACCUGGUCUGGUAGAGAUCUCCUCCGAGGGGACUGGGUUUGCUAGCAAAGGUGGGAAUAUGGGGAAGAAGGCUGGAGUUGCGUUCCAGUGCUGA